AUGUUCAAAAUGACAUCUCAAACCGCUGGAAAGACACUGUCCCAGGGGACAGUGUCCAAGUUGUUGUCCACUUCUGCAGUGGCAGGAAGCAGCAAAAACUACCGAGUGGAAACCGAUGCGUUCGGUGAGAUUCGUGUCCCUAGCGACAAAUACUGGGGGGCACAGACGCAGCGGUCGCUUGAGAACUUCAAGAUUGGCGGUCCCCGCGAACGCAUGCCCGAGCCUGUGGUCAGAGCGUUCGGUAUUCUUAAGAAAUCCGCAGCGAUCGUUAAUGAGUCCUUUGGUACUCUAGACCCCAAAGUUUCGAAGCCCAUCCAACAGGCUGCCGAUGAGGUUAUCCGUGGUGAGUUGAUGGACCACUUCCCUUUGGUCGUGUUCCAAACCGGGUCCGGAACCCAGAGCAACAUGAACGCCAACGAGGUCAUUUCCAACAGAGCGAUCGAGCUUGUGGGCGGCGAAAUGGGUUCCAAGUCGAUCCACCCCAACAACCACUGUAACCAGGCUCAGUCCUCCAACGACACUUUCCCCUCUGUCAUGCACAUUGCUGCGGUUACCGAAAUCACUGGUCUGCUUCUACCCGAACUAACCGCGUUGAGAGACUCCUUCGCACGCAAGUCCCAGGAAUUCGACAGCAUCGUGAAGAUCGGUAGAACUCACCUGCAAGACGCCACUCCAUUGACUCUGGGCCAAGAGUUCAGCGGAUACACCCAGCAAUUGACCAACGGUAUCACUCGUGUCGAACAGUCUUUGCACCACUUGAAGUACCUAGCUCAAGGUGGUACCGCUGUAGGCACAGGUCUGAACACCAAAAUAGGUUUUGCCGAAAAGGUUGCCGAACAGGUUAGCAAGGAGACCGGCAUUGAUUUCAAGACUGCCCCAAACAAGUUCGAGGCCUUGGCUGCCCACGACGCCGUGGUCGAGUGUUCCGGUGCCUUGAAUACAUUGGCUUGUUCGCUAUUCAAGAUUGCCAACGACAUCCGUUACCUUGGCUCUGGCCCUCGUUGUGGCUACGGCGAACUUUCAUUGCCUGAAAACGAGCCUGGUUCCUCCAUUAUGCCAGGAAAAGUGAACCCAACUCAAAACGAAGCCAUGACGCAGGUGUGUGCUCAAGUGAUGGGCAACAACGCUGCGAUUACUUUUGCCGGCGCCUCUGGUCAGUUUGAACUCAAUGUUUUCAAGCCAGUCAUGAUCUCGAAUUUGUUGAGUUCUAUCAGACUUCUCGGAGACGGCUGUAACUCUUUCAGAAUUCACUGUGUCGACGGCAUUGUGGCCAACGAGGACAAGAUCAGCAAGCUAUUGCACGAGUCUUUGAUGUUGGUGACUGCUUUGAACCCAAAGAUUGGCUACGAUGCCGCAUCUAAGGUUGCCAAGAACGCGCACAAGAAGGGUAUUACACUAAAAGAGUCUGCCUUGGAAUUGAAGGUUCUGACUGACGCCGAGUUCGAUGAAUGGGUUGUUCCUGAAAACAUGAUUGGUCCUAAAUAA